AUGUCCUUUCGCAAGCGCAAUGUAGGCCUCUCAGGCUCGACACGGUCAGACGCCUCUCCGCAAACCUCCAGCAAAUUCCAUGUUCAACUGCCCGGAGUGCGGCCAUCGCCCGUUGAUGGACGGUUAACCACAUCGACCGGUACCGCCAGCCUCGAUGCGCUAUUAGCAGGACAUUCCGGCCUCGCUCUUGGAUGCUCAUUAUUAAUUGAAGAGAGCGGCACGACGGACUAUGCCGGCGCGCUCUUGAGGUUCUAUGCUGCUGAAGGUCUAUUGCAGGGUCACCAUGUCCAAGUCAUUGCAUUGCCCGAACACUGGGGUCGAGAAUUGCCAGGCGUGGUGGGCGAGAGCGAAAAGAGAGACACGCCAGUGGAGACCGAGAAGAUGAAGAUUGCAUGGAGAUACGAAAGCUUAGGCCAAUUUGGGGCAAGUCCGUCAUCAAGAGAACGAUCCCAGGCCUCGGGAAUCCCCCAGAGCGGGACAGCGGGCCAGAGAGCAUCCAUUGCGUUCUGCCAUACUUUCGAUCUUACCAAGAGGCUUAUCCACCCAGCUUCGUCCAAAUUGACCUUCGCUCCCUUAGGUGCCAAUCCGACGCAGUCACCGUUCACGGCCGUCCUUGACCAGCUGAAAGCAUCUGUCUCAAGCUCAGCGCCAAACAUAGUCCACCGCAUAGUCAUUCCUUCGAUGCUAUCACCAGCCCUUUAUCCCCCAUGGGCAAGUCAACCACAGUACAUCCUCCAAUUCAUGCACGGCAUCCGUGCUCUCUUCGCCGCAUUCCCGGACCGCCUGACCAUGAUGAUGUCACUUCCGCUAUCACUGUAUCCUAGGUCUUCUGGACUCGUCAUAUGGAUGGAACACCUGCACGACGGCAUUCUUGAGCUUGCCCCUUUCCCACACUCCGCUGAGGGUGAUAUGAACGUCACUCGUGGUCCCUCCGGCACAUCCGACGAGCCACCCCAAGGACUACUGCAAGUUCAUCGUCUACCAAUGCUGCACGACCGUGGCAGUGGGGUUGGCACGUCUGAGAAUGACUGGACCUUCACUCUCAGCCGGAGAAAGUUCACCAUCAACCCAUUCAACCUGCCGCCCGUCGAAGGCGACACAGAUGCUCAGCAGAGAGCAGAUUCGGACAAAUCAACUAAGAGAUCUGACGUGGAAUUUUGA